UUUUAUAUUUUCUCUUUCAGGGAACAUGAAGUGCGACGAUAUUGACACAGUUUAUUCUGUUUUUGUCGCUGUUCUUGUUAUCUACAUCAUUCUAACUAUAAUUACUUUCAUCGCGUCCAUAAUUGGAUGUAUGGGAACUUGUUGCGCACCACGUGAUCCUGUAGUGGUCGUGACCCCUGGUGUACCUGUUCAGGACGCAGGCGCUGUGGUCGUGACGUCCAAUCAAUCUUCAAUCCAACCAGGUUAUGUAGUGCAGCCAAUGCCGUCCCAGGUCCCUGGGUAUGGUUAUGGCGUUCAACCUCCUCCAUUACAGACCACGUAUGUGAACAAGGUGGCGUUGUCGAAUUAGGAAAUCCAUUCAGUUAAUCAGUGUUUUCCAACUUUUUUUCAUGCUUGAUGUUUACAUUUUUUCACAUUAAUAACAAUUCGAUAGUCAUUUAAUCCUAAUGUAAAUUUGUCAUAAAAAAGACAUAGCUGGUACGCAGUGGCAAAGUCAAUUAGCAUAAAUAUAAUUGCCCAACCUAAAAUAUUUAAAAUGGCCAUAGACAUCAAGCUGAAACCAUCUCUUAUUGUCCAAGGCAGUUCCAUCCCACUAAAUCUUAUCUAAUUCCAUUCAACACCACUCUAUCCCUUAACACAAAAAUCACACAACACUGUCAUCACUAUACCUUGUAAAUUAUCACCCUGAAUAUAAUGUAUAACUAGUAUAUAUGUUUUCUAACUUCCUACAUGUAUGUAAUGUAAUCUGAAAAUGUUUUAAGCUA